ACGGAGGGAAAAUCGUCGUUCACCGAGUAAAAUAACAAAUCACUUCUCUCUCACUGUUUGAUCCUCAAAAAAAUGACGGAGAAAGAUGCGAUGGCGAGAAGCGAGGGUGCGAUUAGGGUUAGCGGAAUGCAGUUUUCGUACGAUGUCCAGGAUCCUAUAUUCUUCGAUUUCAGCCUGGAUCUCCCCGCCGGAUCUCGUUGCCUCUUGGUUGGUGCUAAUGGAUCUGGGAAGACGACAUUGUUGAAGAUUCUAGCAGGAAAGCAUAUGGUCGGAGGGAAGAACAUUGUGCAGGUCCUGAAUCGCUCUGCUUUUCACGACACAGACCUUGUCUGCAGUGGUGACUUGUCUUACCUUGGAGGCUCUUGGAGCAAAACCGCUGGUUCUGCUGGUGAGAUUCCUCUUCAGGGUGAUUUCUCAGCAGAGCAUAUGAUAUUCGGAGUUGAAGGGAUUGAUCCUGAGAGAAGAGAGAAACUGAUUGAUCUUCUUGAUAUCAACCUUAAGUGGCGUAUGCACAAGGUUUCUGAUGGGCAGAGGCGUCGUGUGCAAAUAUGCAUGGGUCUUUUACUUCCCUUCAAGGUACUGUUACUGGAUGAGGUCACUGUUGACCUCGACGUUGUUGCUAGGAUGGAUUUGUUGGAAUUCUUCAAAGAAGAAUGUGAACAGAGAGGAGCUACAAUUGUAUACGCAACGCAUAUUUUCGACGGACUAGAGACAUGGGCUAGUCAUUUGGCCUAUAUCCAUGGAGGAGAGCUGAAGCUCUCUGCUAAACUGAAGGAGAUCAAGGAUUUAGAAACGUCACCGAAUUUGCUCUCUGUGGUUGAGAAUUGGCUUCGGUCUGAAACCAAAGUGGAGAAGAAGACUAAGAAGAAACCUGUUGCUUCCUCUCCUUUUAUGUCAUCUAGACAAAUGGCGUAUUACCGAUGAAAUCUCAACAUCUUUUGAGAGAUCAUCAGUAAGAAUAAGAGUUUUUCACAUUUGCAAUUGUUUUUCUCUAUUACUUUGUUUGCUUUAAUUCUCUCAUUCUAAAUAUAAGUUUAAACUAAGAUGUAACAGACUUAGGUUUGGAUAUAAAUCAGAUAAUACACGCCUUCGCAAUA